AUGCAACACUCGGGAGGGCUGCGCAGACUGCAACAGAAAUGCACCCUCACAGGCAGCAACCCCCCUCUGCCAUCAACUCCACCGUUAUCCCCAUUUGAAUCCGUCUUUGCAGACUUCUUUCACUUCAGCGGCUGCCACUACCUGGUCGUAGGUGAUCGCCUCUCUGGCUGGGUGGAAGUCCUAAGUUCAACAGCUGGGACCACCCUCGCGGGUUCAGCCGGCGUGGUUCGCCAUCUCCGUUCCUUCUUCGCCACCUUCGGCGUCCCGGAGGAGAUCUCAAGCGACGGCGGCCCAGAGUUCACCGCUAAGAACACACAGGAUUUCCUACGCCUCUGGCGCGUACGACAUCGCGUGUCCUCCGCCAGCUUCCCUCAAUCAAACGGCAGAGCAGAAGUCGCAGUGAAAACUGCCAAGCGCCUCCUGAUGUCCAAUACCGGCCCGACAGGCAGCCUCGACCAUGAUCGUUUCUUGCGUGCCAUAUUACACCUACGCAACACCCCAGACUGCAACCUGUCACCGGCGCAAAUCAUCUUCGGUCGCCCCCUAAGGGACUCCCUAUCAUUCGUAAACCGCCUUGAGAAGUUCUCGAACCCGCACAUCAGACCCCUUUGGCGUCAAGCAUGGGAGGCAAAGGAGGAAACCCUUCGCACACGCAUCACUCACACAACAGAGUCUCUGAAAGCCCACUCACGCCCCCUCCGCCCUCUAUCCCUUGGUGAGAGAGUGUUCUUGCAGAAUCAACAAGGACCCAACCCCACCAAAUGGGACUGGUCAGGGGUAGUGGUGGAAUCAGCCGGCCAUGACCAAUAUCGUGUCAAGGUGGACGGAUCUGGGCGAAUCACACUAAUCAACCGCCGCUUUCUGCGAGCCUAUACACCAGCUACGCUCUCUAUCCGUCCACCACAGCCACCUGCCCACCAGCCCACCAGCAGUGCUGACCAGAGCCCACACCCACAGCCCCCUGUGCCAACACAACCUACUGCUUAG